UCUCCCUAAUGGCGAUCACACACUUUUGGCUGUCGUUUCUUCUUUUUCCUGCAUUUCUGGUCCAAAACGGUAGUUUUACUCUAGUUGUUAACAUUAAAUCAAAGGAUGGUGAGAUAGUGCAGCAGACUUUUUCCGCAGAUCCCGAAAAAGACUUCGUUACCAUCGAUUACAAAAGUAACGAGAAUAGGUUCGUUUCAGUGUACAUCGACUUCCGUCAGAAACGAAAGAUAUUUCAAGUUAUUGUCCUUGGAGAAAUGGAUAAAGCAGAGAGUUCUUAUGAAGCCAUGUGCUUUGUAGCUGAACUCAAAGAAGAAGAAUUCAUAUCAUCAGAUGCUAUGUCAAAACUCAGACAGAAAAACCCAAGUACAAUCAGGGUUCCUGAAGAGGAUGUUGCCAGUGAAUCUCACAUCAUGGAUCAUGUGGUUUUUCUGGAUGCAAAUGUAACAGAAGGAACCAUCGGUCAGCUAUGCAAAGAUGCUGGAAAAGUGCUCUUUAGUGGAACUAACACAAAACUUCUGUUAUUAGGAAAUUCAACCCUAGAAGAUCUUGAUAAACUUGAGUUGGCAUCACAAGAUCAAACUGGCUUUUCAAAGGUGCUAAAGCCAUGUAAAAAUACACCAGAACUGAGUGCAGAGUGCAUCUGUAGAGUUGAAGUAUGUCUAAGUUGGUAUCCAUGUCACUUGAAACUCUGCCAGGGGGAAGAUGACAAUGGACAACUAACAGAAUACCGCUGUGGAAUCAAAACUUGUGGAAAAUGCUAUGAAUUUGACUUUUAUGUUGGGGAAAGGCGACAAUGCUUUUGGGAUACAAAUUAAUUAUAAUUUUAUCUUUUACAAUAGAUAAAUCAGUGUAAAAUAAUAUUGUUAGUUGUGUAUAUUGAAGUGUUAACACUUGAAAUUGUGUUUUGUAAAUGUAUUUAUAAAGCCACGCUUGGAAUUUUCAAAGAAUCAAUGACUCAGAAUUUUCCUUUACAGUAGGACCAGAUCCCUUAUUGACCAUUCAGAUAGGAUAAAGGAAACAUUUAUAAAUAACAACUUGGCAAAUUUGCAAUCUCUCUUUUUGCUCAGCAAGCAAAGCAGGCUAUGAGAUACUGCCAGAGUGACUUUUGUUCAAACAUGCAAGAUAUUUGAGCAGAUACAAGAGGAAGGUUUUCCCAGUCUCUUACAGUUUGUUUCCCUUACAGUUGGUGCACCCUGCAUGUCUCUAGGCAAUAAAGUGCCAGUUUCCUUUGCGAAGGGAGCAGGGAGUGCUAAAAUACACCUGUCAAGUCUGCCUGUAUUUCGAAUAGGAUGCUCUGGAUCGGGAUUACUGAUCCCCUUGGGGGUAGGUUAGGCAAAUCACUGGCUCUCAUCGGCACUGGGUUAUAAGUUACCAAGCUACAAGAAAUUGGCUUGCAAGCUGAUCAAUUUGUUCCAGGCCCCUCACUUGCUUUUCUCCUGCAAACUGGCUGAUUGUCUGCUGUUGCAAUGAAAGCCGACUCACUAGCCUCCUGUCCUUUACAUGAUUGAAGCCAUGUGAAAACCAGGUUGAACAUUAAUUAUGGCAUAGCAAUCAAUGAAUUCCAAUUCAUGGUUAAACUUUCUUGAUUUCUUGGUUUGAAAACUGUAUGGUCUUUUACUGGGAAUGUUGGUCACUGUAAAGAUUACUUAUAACAAAAAAAAAGUUUAUUUAAUUUUAAUACUCUAAUGGUUUCAAUUGUCUUAAUUUAUUAAUUUGCAAAACUUGUUUUGCAUUUUGGGGCCUGAUUAGCUCACUAAACAGUUGGAAUGUGUAGUUGGAAUACGUUUGUUGUGAACAGAAGACAUUUUCUACUUUUCUGUUAAAUUUAUCAUAGGAUUACAUUAGAAAGUGGGCAUACUCGAAGUUUAAAUUGAAGAUGGUUUUAAGCUUAAAAAAAAAAGAGUCUUCACCACAAAUAUUCCGUGUGCAGAGUAUUACUUAAAUGUACACUUACCAGUUGGUGUGUUUAACUUAAUGUUUGGCUAAUCCAACAUAACAAUUUCUGAAAAGCUAGACCUUUUAUACCAAACACUUCAAACUUUUACAUCACACAGUUGCCUCCCCACAACUUAAAAAUUCAGCUGAAUGAUUUCAUUUUAAUUUGUCUUCAGGUCAUUUCAUUUCUAAGAGUGAUAAACUUCUAAUUUCUCUCCACAGUAUUACCCCUAAAUCAAACAUAGAGGUCACGGGAAUAAAGGAAAUGAUCAAGAAACUCAAUGAGCUCUUGAUUGCAAGACAAAUUCUCCUUGUCUGUACCCUUAGAAAUGUAUGGAGAACAGUAUAGGGAACUUGGAUACUGAUCUUAGGCUGUAAAGGGUUAAGGGUAUAAACAGGGUAAUCCCAACCACACUUUUUUUACAUCCUCUGUAUUUCCUUUAGACAAUAAAUAUUUACAUAUUUUUUGUGAGAAGCUUAUCUAAACAUCUAAUCUCUACAAUUCAAACUUUGCCACAACUAGUAAUAUUGUGCCACUAUGCAAAAGAAACAACAUUGCUUAAUUGUAAUUCUCCAUUUGCAAGGCCAAACUGUAAUUUCUUUUACUCUAACUGGAUCUGAAAUAGCCUGUUCCAAAUAUUCAUUUGGUAAAACAAAGUGUAACAGUAAACAGCAGUAUAGUAUGAUGGCAGAUGAGUGAAAAGGAGAGGGAGGUCUGGGUCCGGUCACAUUCUUUACCCAACUUGACCCAAACCCCACUCACUUUUUCACUCCUCCAUUACCAUUAUGCUAUUUUGCUCUGUUUCACUAACUGAAUGCCUGGAGUAGGCUAGAUCUAAAACUUCACAACUUCCCCACAGAAAGGCUUUGGUUUAAAUUUAAGUGCAGAUGUGUAUAUGUUCCGGUCAAACUUGAAAUAAAAAAUAUCAUGAU